UCUGCAGAAGCUGCGAGCAGGUACAAAAAAUUCCAGGUUGUAACAUGUUAUUACAUCAACACUUAUUUCAGAAAUGUUAUAAACUUUCAGUUCGAAAUUUUCAGAACAAUGACUUAUGUGGAGUUUGGCGAUCUUGUAGAUACUGUGAUGCCAAAUGUUUGUCGCAUUUAAAUGGAUUAAUACCAUAAUAAAAACGGAAAUCGUGAUGAGUUAAGCGUUUUUCCGAGAUAUUAUUAUAUGAUUAGCGGGCAAUGCCUCCAAAAGGCAAAAAAGGGAAGAAAGAGCGCGGGAUCGCCCUUGAUCCACUUCCGGGACCAGAGCUUUUACGCCCUGUGUUCAGAUAUUCGGAAGACGAUGUCAUACAGUUUGGCCAGAAUGUCGGCAAUUUUCGACCCCCGCAAGCCGAGGACGAGCCACCAGACGAGAAAUCAUCGUUGGGGGAUAUUCCUGCGGAGCUUAUUUUUGAUCUGGAAGAACAGCCUAGUGUAGAUGCGCUCAACGCAUUUACUCUAGCCGAGGAAAACAGUGACGACGUUGAAUCACUGAGUAGUGCCACAGAAAACCUCGACGAAGCAGUAGCUUCAGAUCUUAGUAUUGAUUCUGCUCAAACCGAAUCCGAAUCUACUAGCAGUGAUUCAGAUAAUGAGCUUUUGGGAGCCUCAACACGUAGGCUACUGUCUGAGAAACCGGAAAAUGACCACACAGUUUCCCGGUUUGGUGGCAUGCAUUUCAAACCCGCAUCUGAGAUAACCCAGUCAAAAGAGGAUUGGAUAACCAAAACUUUCGUUGACAUCUUAAAUGAUGAUACUACCAAGACAAGCCUAUCGCAACUCACGGUUGACGAUUUACUAGAAACAAACUUAGAUUUCGAAAAUCUUGGCCCUGAUGUAAUGGCGAAAUUAAAGAAAAUGGCAGAGAGGAGUUCGAGCCCUGGGUCUGUUGGGCAAAGGUCAAACGAUUUCGAAACCGCGUCAUCUUCUGCCGCCUCGUCGGUUGGUAACCUUUACCAAGACAAGGUUCAACUGCCACCUGCUCCACCAUUAGAAGAGGAAAUAAACAAAGAUAAGAAAAGUAAGCCAAAACCAGAGAAAGACGCAAAUAAAACUGAUGAACCCCUUGCACUUCCACAGAAGACAAAGCCAAAGGCGUACCACAGAAAAUACCCAGCGGAGCGUUACAGAGAGGAUUUGCGUACCACGCCUCUUCAAAAUCCAUAUUUUACUCAAAAUGAGCUUUUUAUGACUAACAGCCAGCAAGACAAAUGGCUUGUAGAAAGCGCCGAGGACUUGGCAUUUAUGGAAUAUCGCCGCGAGCAGGUACUGGGCAAACAGCCGGUUCCAGUAGGAGUUGCCGAUUAUGCAAUGGAGUUAAUAGCGGAAACCCAAGCAAUAAAAGCUUUGAACUCAAUUAACGUUAACAGCGCUCAAAGCCCAGGAAGGCCCCCUUUGUCCGCCGGCUACGUCAAUGGACAGCCCCAUCAGGUGGACCAGCCGAAAAACCCUCUUGUACCCACAAAGGUUAAUCAAAUCGAAGAUCCAAAUGACGAAGAUACAUCCUCCAACGAAGAGGAACCGAGCCGCAAUACUACGGCCGAUAAUCUGAAAAAGCAGGCGGUCCAAGCGUUUGAAAAAUCAGUUAAAACAUCUAUCGCAAUGGGACUACGAAAAGAAACUGUCUUUAAAGAUCCUUACAAGGUGAAGUUACCCGUCCACGAGGAUGACCUCUAUAACUAUUAUGAGUCGGGCCGUAGUUCAAGUGAAUGGGAAUCCGCUGAUGAGGAAUUCUCAAAAACUUACAACAAGGGAAAGGAAAAUGGUUUUACUAAGGAGAAACCUGCGAAGCUGAAAAAAAGUAAGUCUUCACCAAUCGAUGAUCUGUAUGCUCUGGCACACGACCUGCAUAUGCCGCCUAGCGAACUUCGCCGGGAGCUUAAACUACAGUGGUCGGAGUUGUAUUUGGAAGAAAACUCCAGCAAUCAAGGAUGGAAAUCCAUGGAAGCUGUGCUCGAAUACGAAAAGACUCCGGCGUAUUAUCAAGUCCAGAUUCAUAAUCUUGAACAUCAGAUCGAGCUAAAACGUAAACAGUGGAUUGAGCUGGAACUUGAUCACCAUGAACUGAGCACAAAAUCCAGAUUUGAGUUAUCUGAUCUAGACCAGUUCAUCAACUUCCUGCUUGAUCAGAACGAUUACGAAAUCACUAGAGCAGCAAUACUGAAAAAUAAAUUUCAGCAACUAAAAGGGCAACUGGAUGAGAUUGUAGUACAUAAUACAGUGACAAUCAACUGGUUGGAAGGCGAGAGAGAAAAGCUGAAGAAACUUUGUCAGGAGCGAAAGGUUGACUUGCAGUACAAAAUUUAUACUCUCCGCGAAAAUGUGGAUAAACAGCGCCGGAUGGAGGCAGAAAUUGCUCUUCUCAAAAGACAAGCCAUCCGAGAAAAAAAUUUAUAUACGAGUCGAUUAUCCAAACUGAUUUUGAACACCGCAAAACUGCGCAACAAGCUGUUCCGCAAUUAUGAACGAAAACUUGCCCAAGUUUUUCUGGAGUACCAACGAGCGCUCAUGUUAAGCAUGAACGAUAAUCUGCAGGAAGCUUGUUGUGAGCACGUCACCUCCUGCCAGAAAGCUAGAGAAUUCUCCAAGAAAGCCAUUCGGUCUAUUAAAGCGUUUCAGCACACCAACGAUCAGGCAAACCGACUCCAGCACGAAACGGCUUUGCAGACCCAGUUGCUGACUGUUUCCCUCCAGGAAGGCAAUAUCAGGGACAAAGAAUGGGCUUACACGGCUAAGUUAGCCCACAAGAAGGACUGUGUUUUGGAGCUCUUGGAUACGACAAUUUCAACGGACGAACACUCGCUAUUAAAGCAUCAGAAGCUGGUUAAACUAAGGAAAAAGAAUGCAAUCUUCGACAAUCUCCGGUCAGCUUUGCGAAAGGAGAUAGAAAAAAUUCAGCAAAACAUGGAAACUGAAACAACAAGCGGCCAGCAAUUAAAUGGUCAGCUGGAUAAACUGCGAAGGACUUUAGAGAGAUAUCAAAACUACCAACAAGAAAAUAGUACUGGUUUACAUAGGAGGGACUUGAUCGAACCUUUUGAAGACGGGUUUGUCAAAUUUUUGCAUUAUGCACAAACAAUAAAAGAACUGGCGACACCAGCACUGGGAUGGAGACCAAGUUCAGUUGUAACCAAUUUCGGGGCAGAGCCGUUAAAAAGCCCCAGAAGUAUAAUAAAGCGCAGCAGGAAGCAACCAUAACGAUCUCCAUGGUCAGUGCAAGUGUGCGAGGAUGUUUAUUCGUGAUGAUUGUACCAGUCGCGCUUCAUUAGUAGCAUUUUGUUGCAACUCACUGUAAUUAUCUCCUUCACAAAUUAGCAAGCAGUUUCAUGCAUAUGAAAGGCCA